AUGGAAACCAAGAUCCAAGAUCCCAAACUGUAUUCUUUGAUUCACACCAUGUUUGAUGUUGGAGUCUUGAAUAUGGAAUUUGGAGGCUUUGCAAAAGGCCAUGGUCUUCCACAAGAGGGUUUGUUAUCUCCAGUUUUAAUGAAUGUUUAUCUUGACCUCUUUGACUAUGAAAUUCUUAACUUGUCAAUGAAAUAUGAAGCUCUUGAUAGUCAACACGACGGGUCAAAGUCAAAGUCAAAGUCAACGCUACGUGGCUGGUUUAGAAGACAAAUGAGUCAACAAAACGAAGGAAAUAAUACAUCAGGAGUUAGGAUACAUUGUUGUAGAUUAAUGGAUGAAAUUCUCAUUGUUGUAAAGGGUUCGAAAGAAUUAAGUUUGACUUUAAAGUCAGAGAUUGAAAACUUCAUUCGGGAAUUUCUACACUUAGAAGUCGACAAUAAGUCGGAUAUUUUUCCAUGUAAUGAUCCUCGAGGGGUUAAAUUCAGUGGCAAUAUUGUAAAAAAGAGCAUGAGAGAGAAUCCUGCAGUUAGAGCAGUUCAUAAGUUAAAGGAAAAAGUGGAGUUAUUUGCAUUACAAAAACAAGAAGCAUGGGAUGAAUGUAUGAUUAGAAUGGGGAAAAAAUGCUUAGGUCAUGGAUUCAAGAAAGUCAAAGAGUCAGAAAUCAAACAUCUUGCUGACUGUAAUUCAGUUUUGAGCCAGGUGUCACGCUUUCGUAAACCCGGAAUGGAAACCGAUCACUGGUAUAAAGUCUUACUAAAGAUCCGUAUGCAAGACAUGGAUUCGAAAUACACCGACACCGAAGAAUCCAUCUUAUCAAAGUUAAUUACCGAAAAUGCCCUUCCCCAAGACCUAAAAGACUCGUUUUACACUUUCCAAAAUCACGUUAAAAACUACGUUUCUUCCGAGACCUCAUCCGUUCUUACCCUUCUCCCGGAAUCGGAAUCGGAAUCGGUUUCCAUUACCGAAGUUCUUGCCCCGAUAAAGGCUAUAAGAAUGUGUCUCCAAAGGUACGGAAUCACCAAUUCCGAAGGAAUCCCACGCGCGUGCCGUAUGCUUAUUUUACUAGACCACGAUCAUAUAAUCGAUUGGUUUUCCGGUUUAGUGUCACGUUGGGUUAAAUGGUAUCGUUUAUGUGACAAUUUCAAUGAAGUGAAACAUAUUAUUAGUAUACAAAUUAGGAAAUCUUGCAUUCGUACAUUGGCUACAAAGUAUAGAUUACAUGAGACUGAAAUUGAGAAGAAAUUCGAUUCCGAUUUGAGUGGAAUCCCGUCAACCGAAGAGAUUGAAAACGAGAGAUUGGAAUGUGAUGAGGGAUUGAUGUAUGGGAUUCCUUUUAGUGGUUUGUGUUUAGUGUCUUUAGCAAGAAUUGUGAGUGAAUCUAGACCUUGUGGUUGUUUUGUGUUGGGGUGUAGGGUGGAUGCACCAUGUGUUUAUACAAUCCAUGUAAUGCAAAGACAAAAGUUUCCUGUUUGGAAAACGGGAUUUUCGACUUGUAUUCAUCCGAGUAUAAACGGGAGGCGAAUUGGGUUGUGUAAGCAGCAUUUGAAGGAUUUGUUUAUUGGUCGAAUAUCUCUUCAAUCUGUUUCUUUUGGUGCAUGGAAGUGA